AUGCAAUCAGGAAUAAGCGUUCAAAUUCAUAUAGUCGGUCAUACAAAUACAGAUGCAAAACUUUUAUCUUCUUUAAUCAUUGAAAAAAUUCACAACAAAGAUAGUGUUGCUUUCAAAUUAGUUUGUCAAUACGGUAAACUACAAAAUGCAUUCUCAAUUGAAAAUCUUGUAGAUUUAAAAUACGUUUGUCCACAAAAAUUAAAACAACUUGAUGUUGAUGAAUUCAAAGAUAUUUCGUUUGUCGACGCAUGUGACAUGCGUGGCGUGAAAAUGACAUGCGGCAUGCCAUUUUCAUCAUGUGACGAAAUGACAUCACUGUACUUAAAAUUAUAUAACCAAAAAACGAAUCAACCGAUUGAACUAUUUAUCACUGGUGCAUGCGCCGAGGGUCAAAGUUAUUGUCCACAACUCGGUGGUAAUUAUAUGGGUCCAAAUAUUGAUUAUAUGUUUACACUUGGUACAUUAAAUUUUGAAGAUGAAUUAAUCUCAAUUGAAAAAUGUCCUCUCUUUGUUCGUGUAAAAUGA